UUUCUGCUGUGAGUAGAUCUAGAGUCUAGAACUAGGCUGUCGGUGAAUCUAGAUCGAGAUCAAGAAUCAUUAAAGUAUUCUUAAAAGUGGAUGUUUCAUGCUGUGAAUAGAUCUAGAAAUCGAGGCCAUCUGUGAAGCCUGUCGGUUGUUUAAAAUGUGAAUUUCUAAACUUAGAUCUAUCUAUGGGUCUAGGCUCCUUCUUUCAAUUAUUGGCCUAUGUCUAUACAAUCCUUCGAGAUCUAGGCUAGAUCCAGAAUUUAGAUUAGGUUCUUCUAGGUAGCAACAAUUGGGAUGUAGGCCUCACUCUCUUUUUUAAAAAAAGUGUUUGAGCUGGAACUUUAGGAGAAAAUGCCACGCUUUCGAAGAGGGAGAAGAAGUCUUACCCCUGGAGGUAGUCAACAUAGGGUGCUACAUGGAUCAAUUCAAGCAAGUUCGCGGGGACGGAGAAAAUGGCGCGUGCGAAGGCAAGCAGUGCAAAGAAGAAAAAGAGAAAAGGACCAAUAACCUGUACACCGAGGCCUUGUCAAGACUACAGUGUCUGAGGGAUCUCAAACAACGUCCUGACCAACACAGCGACCUGGUUACAAAUGUCCUUUCAGCUGUAGAUAAAUUUCAUUUUUCAGAUUUCGCCAAUUUUAUAGAUCAUAGUUCUGCGAAUGAGCGAAAGGAAAAUGGACAACCGAUUCAAGAUAUUGGUUACUUUGGUGACCAACAAACCAGUCGAAUUUUACGUAGUUCCGAGACACAUGAGUCAAUAAAAGGUAGAAAAGAGAACUCAGCGAAGAUAGAAGAUGAGUUCGGUGAUGAUACAGCAACUGACACAGGAUUCUGCUCUAACAGUGGGCCAGUGGGGGAAGCCUGGACAGACGUUUUCGGAAACGCUUCAUCAGCUUGUUUUCAGGAUGUGGCCCGAACCAUUCAAGCAUUUGUCGAUGGAGAGUCAUGGGCGGUUGAAAUGCUGGAUGCGUGGGGUAAGCCCGGCCCCUCCCUCAAAAGGGGGCGUUUCCAGUUUGCAGGUGACUACGACCAGUGUAGAGAAGCCAGGGCCCCGCCCCUUCCGGAAGGAGAAAGGCGAGGCUUUGACGGCCGUUAUUGUGUUCUCCAGCUGGACUAUGGACAAAGGAGUGACACAAAGGCUGAACUGGAAGCAAAAGGAGAAACUAUUAACAUUGAUCGCAAGAUACAUCGAAGUAUGUAA